CUUGAAAUCUCCACUCGCCUGCUCGCAUUGGCGAGUGGAAAUUAUGGUGGGGGCGAGUGUGUCCCUAGGGCCAUUUUGCUGAGCAGGCUCGGAACUCAGAGCCGGAUCUGUCACUCGCACUGGGAGCUGUCAGACUGCUCAAUAGUUGAGCAAAAGUUAAAGCAAAGGAAAGAGUGUGUGCUGUGCUCUCUGCCUCCCCCUAGAGUGCAAUACCCGGCUCUGUGAGUUAACGUAACGAAGUACUGCAACUUUUUAUAGGGAUGGAUAUGGGUGUGUGUGUAUUUGUAUGUGUGUGUAUGUACAUGUAUCUGUAUGUGCAUGUGUGUAUUUGUACAUGUGUUUGCGUGUACAUAUUUGUGUGUAUGUACGUACAUGUGUCUGUGUGUAUGUACAUGUAUGUGUCUGUACAUGUGCCUGUGUGUGUAUACAUGUGUACGUGUUUCUGUGUGUGUAUGUACAUGUCUGUGUGUGUACAGGUGUCUGUGUGUAUGUACGUGAUUUUGUGGUUAUUAUGGGUGGUAGAGUAUGGGGCACUCGAGGCAUUGCUGGGUUGGAUAUUAUGGUUUUGUGAGUGAAACAUUAUGGGAGGUUAAGGUUGUAUGCGGUGCAUGGUCUAAGUAUGAUGGAGUGUUUUUAGGGG